AUGGCGAUUUACAAUUUAUAUAUAUUCGAUCGCAGCGGCACAUGUAUAUACUACACGGAAUGGAAGCGAACCAGGGAAUCGUCGGUGAACAAAAAUGAAGAAUUUAAACUGUUGUACGGGCUUCUGGUAUCGUUAAACUCGUUCAUCUGUCGACUGUCUCCAGUUAGCAACAAGUGUACAUUUAGGAGCUUUCAGACGACCAGUUACAAGCUGUCUUACUUCGAAACAGCAACGUCUUUGAAGUUCGUUCUAAACAGUGAUUUGACUGUGAACGGAAUUCAUGACUUGCUUCGCCAGAUCUAUGCCGAGGUAACCUCAGUGGUAAAUUAG